AUGGAUGAGCAAACACAGCCUCAGGACAAGCCGGCGCAGGAGACCACCGCGCCCAGCAACGGCACCCCAGCACAGGAGACCAUCGUCCCUCACCACCCUAUGCCCAGCACCUCCAACGGUUUUGAUCCUAGCAUGCAAGCCGUGCUCAUGGAUCAGGUCCUUCCCGAAGCCCUGCAGGGGGUCAUGCCUGGAAGCAUACCUACAGGAGACCUACCCCCAAACAUGCUGCCGGACAUGUUCCAAGCGACCCAGAUGUUCAUGCCCGAGCUUCUCCAACAGGGUGGACAAAUGUAUGACAACAACGGCAUGCUUCAAGGCCUUCCUGUCGCCGCACCUCCCGCCAUGAGCGCAGAUGAGAUUGCGCUCUAUGACCGUCAGAUUCGCCUCUGGGGCAUGAAGGCCCAGGAGAAGAUCCGCAAUGCAAACGUCCUCCUCAUUACCAUGAAGGCUCUUGCGAAUGAGAUCGCCAAGAACCUCGUCCUCGCCGGCAUAGGAUCCCUCACCAUCCUCGACGGCGCUACCGUCACGGAAUCAGAUCUGGGAUCGCAAUUCUUCCUGUCCGAGGAGGAGAACCACAUCGGCCAGAACCGCGCGCAGGCUGCGGCCGCCGCCAUUCAGAAGCUCAACCCCCGUGUACAGGUCCAUGUGGAUGCUGAGGGCAUCAAAUCCAAGGGCACGAGUUACUUCUCGGCCUUUGACAUCGUCAUUGCCACCGACAUGGACCCCGACUCACUCAACAUUAUCAACACCGCCACCCGCCUUCACCAAAGGUCCUUCUACGCCGCCGGCACGCACGGUAUGUACGGCUUUAUAUUCUCCGAUCUGAUCGAGCACGACUACGUCAUCGAGAGAGAUCUCGGCAACGUCGCGACGAAGCUGGGGCCCGAGACGAGAACCCGGAGCGUUAUCGGCGUCAGCACGAAGAAGGAGGGCGGCAAGACGGUCGAGGUGGUGACGAAGCGUGAGCUCUACUCGACAUGGUAUCUCGCUAGUGACGGUGCUACCCUGCCCGAGGAGUACGCAAAGAGCGCGAGAAGGAAGAAGGCGGUCAGCCCCGUCAUCUCCUGCCUGCGGGCGCUGUGGGACUUCCAGGUCCUCAACAGCGGCCGACUGCCCAGCCAUACCAAGGAGGACCUCGGUCUCUUCACCAAGCUUGCCACGGCUAAGCACACCCAGCUGGGCCUCCCGUCCGAGACACUGCGCUCCGAGGUGCUGCGGAGCUUCCUGCAGAACAUCGGCAGCGAGAUGGCUCCGGUCACCGCCAUCCUCGGAGGCGAGCUCGCACAGGACGUCAUCAACGUCCUCGGUCAGACCCAGCAGCCCAUCCAGAACAUGGUCAUCUUUGACGGCAACAGCAUGGAGGCGUCGGUUCUCCCGCUGCACCCUGUCGGCGAGCUGGGCCGCGGCCUGCUAUCCCUCGCCGCGGCCGGCGGUCUCAUGCCCAACGGGGGAGGCAUGGUUCCCGGCGACCCUGGCAUGAUGAUGAACAUGGACGGCACGGUGGACUUUGGAAACCAGAUCCUUACACAGUAA